AUGAUUGCCAUUUCUCCAGCAGAGAAUAACUUCCCUCCAAUACCGGGGUUCAUCCCCCUGCAGCCAUGUUUCUACCAGGACUUUGAUGAGGAGAUCCCUGAACAGCAUCGCACCAUGUGCAAGAGACUCUACCACCUGUGGAUCUUGCAUGCAAUCACCCUGGCUGUGAAUCUGGUGGGCUGCUUUGUUUGGAUGCUGGGUGGAGGGGGCGUGACAAAUUUUGGCAUGGCCAUCAUAUGGUUGAUUCUCUUCACCCCCUGCUCCUAUGUGUGCUGGUUCAGGCCCAUCUACAAGGCCUUCAAGACUGACAGCUCGUUCAACUUCAUGGCGUUCUUCUUUGUGUUCAUGGCCCAGGUGGGCAUCAGUAUCAUCCAAUGCAUAGGGAUCCCAGGCUGGGGAAACUGCGGCUGGCUAGCCACCAUCUCUUUCUUCAGCUACAACCUUUGGAUCGCCUUGCUGAUGCUCAUCCCCACCCUCUUUUUCACUGCCACGGCAACGCUGUCCUUCAUCGCCCUCACCAAGGUCCAUAACUUCUACCGUGGCAGCGGGGGCAGCAUAGGCAAGGCCCAGGAGGAGUGGACCACAGGGGCCUGGAAGAACCCCCACAUCCAACAGGCAGCACAGCAGGCAGCUAUGGGGGGCCGCCACGGGGCCAUGAUGCCGGACCAACAGUACUCCAGCAACACCCCACAGUACAACGACAACCAGAUGUAG